UCGCACACGCGCGCUCCGUGUGAGCAUCACCGCUUCUCGCUUCUUAAAUUGAACGUCCUCGAUUCAGGUCAUACCUGAUUGAUAGACACAUCGUCCAGCAUAGCAGACAGAAGAUGGUGCGCGAAAGUGGCAUCUCAGCGACCAAACCAAUCUUCCCGACCUACCUGCUCCCCAGUCUCAGCCUACCGCUGCGUUUCCGACGACGAGCCUCGUCCGCGUCAUCUGUCCCAUCCCUGUCAAAAUCGACCAGCACGACGCCCAGCAGCUCCCCACCGCCGCCCACCAUUUUGCCGUGCAAGCUCCAGCGCGUGGCGCCGGACACGCUCCGCUGCCAGCACUGCUCGUCCGACAUUGCGCUGUCCGCGCAGAUCAUCUCCAAGGGUUUCACGGGUCGCCAUGGCCGGGCGUUCCUCGUGGGACCGGACGAGGGCGGGGGCCUGAUGAACAUCCGGCAGGGACGGAGCGAGAACCGGCAGCUCGUGACGGGGUGGCACACGGUGGCGGACAUUAGCUGCGGGACGUGUGCGAGCAAGUUGGGCUGGAAGUAUGUCGAUGCGCGGGAGAGCGCGCAGAAGUACAAGGUGGGCAAGUUCAUUCUCGAGACGGAGCGGGUCGUUGUGAGCCGGAGCUGGGAGGACGUGCCCGUGUCGAUGGGAAGUCAGGAGGCUAAGCAUGGGGAGGCCAAGAGGAAGAAGGAGGAGGCGGGUGUGGUGUUUGACUCGGACGAUGAGGAUGAGUGUGAGGAUAUCUUUUCUGGUGUCUGGGACCGGGACGUUGUCGCCAGGAGAAGGCGAGGUACACAGUCAACCAGGAGAGAUGAUGACGAUGGGGAGUAGAGACAUGAUGAGUCUGGUCUGGGUUGGUUUCAUUUGAAGGCGUCGGGGAGUAGGUUGGGAGGGAAAUUUGGACAUGGUCAGACAUGGGAUACUGGGCGUAUUUGUUUUCAGUCAUAUGGAGUAGGGAAACUUUUACGAGACGAGCAUUGUUUGUAUUGCCUGCCCCUUUACCGACUCACUGUGCAACGGGUUAUCAGCCCUAUGUAUCCGCACAAUGAGCCAUGAAGCGAACAAGACCGGUCUAUUCUAGUAGGAAGCUGAAAAGCAGUGCUGUACUGUAGUAUUUUUGCUUAGCCUCCUGGUAUAUUGGCCCUGAUCCGGCUAGGCGGAAUGACUCCAGCGUGAAUGAGCUACCAGUAGCCUGCCACCAGUA